GAGGCCCAACCAGCGCGCAGGCUCGCGUCCUCCUCUUCUUCCUCCCGGAAGCGAAUCGAACCACGCGGCGGGUCGAGCAGAGAGGAGAAGAGAGGGGAAAAAUCUCGAGACGAAACCCUAGCUAGCCCAGCCCGCUUCCCCGGCGAGUCGACCGGAGCCGGAGCCAGGUCGGGAUGGGCGCCGAGGAGGACGCCGCCGCCCGCCGCGAGCGCCUCAAGGCCCUCCGCGCCGCCAAGGAGCUCCUCUCCACGCCCGACGGCGCCGCCGCCGCCCCCGACGCGGACCAGCAGAAUGGUGAACAUGGGAUGACAGAAGAACAGGUGGUCCAACCAGAAUUGCCAGGUCCUGUGGAUGCACCCGAGGAUGCUUCCAAGGAGAACGUUAGCCCCACUAAGGAAUCUGAUGAGGUUGAAGACAAUGGGGAGGUUCCACUGAAGUUCAGAAACUACCUUCCUCAUGAUGAGCGACUUCGAGGUGGUAAGGUGGCUCCUCUGUCUCUUCCCAAGUUUGAAGAUCCGAUUGCUGCUGAUGCCGCUGAGCCAAAGCAGCUCGAGAACCCCUUCGGGAACAUCGCUCCAAAGAACCCGAACUGGGACCUGAAACGAGAUGUGCAGAAGAGGAUCGACAAGCUGGAGAAGCGCACUCAGAAAGCUCUGGCGGAGAUUGCAUUGGAUCAGCAAAAGGAGAAAGAGGCUCUGGAGGAGGGAAGCGACGCAGCUCAAGAGUGAAGCCGUACUGGAGGUGUUCCAAAGAUUUGCCUAGGACAAAGCAAGCAACUGAAUUCAAACCUUGAUGUGUUUGUCAUGUAGCGAAAGUGUGGGCGUGCUCACAUAUCCUUUUUCAAUCAGUAUCCAGAAUUUUGAGUUUCUGCUGAUUGUUAGUGAUCGAAUUAAACAUGUUCCGUCUUACGUAUUUGGAGCUAGCUAGUCAUGAUU